AGUAGGUCACAGCCGCAGCUGCUCCUUCUGCUGUCUAGCAGAAACUGAGGGGUAAACUCUCAAAUGGGCGCAGGCUAGUUACCGAGGCAGGUGGGUGACUAGUCAGCUGUAUGGCAGGAGAGAAGCUUAUUUUAAAUCUUGAGAGCUAAUGUUAUCAUGCACAAACUCUAAGGCUAGCAGCGGCUAGUGAAAGUAUUUAGGUCCUUGUUUGUUUUUAUUUAUUUAUUAGCUAAGUCUAGCUAAAGCGGAAGGCGUCUUCCUUCAGUGUAACCAAUGGUUAUGAUAACGGGUUUAAUGCUCUGCACCUUUUAGAAAGCAUUUCCUGCACAUUUAAGGAUGUCUAAACGCCUGCGAAACACUGAGUUGUGCGCCGAUUGCUGUGUUCCAGAGCCUCGCUGGGCCUCCGUGAACAGGGGAGUGCUGAUUUGCGACGAGUGCUGCAGCGUUCAUCGAGGUCUCGGCAGGCACAGCUCCCAAGUCCGUCACCUGACGCAUUCCACAUGGCCUCCAACGCAGCUUCAGAUGGUGCAGACACUAUACAACAACGGUGCAAAUUCAAUAUGGGAGCACUCCCUUCUGGACCCUGCAUCUGUGAUGAGUGGGAAACGUAAAGCCAGUCCUCAGGACAAACUUCACCCAAACAAAUUUGAGUUUAUUAGAGCCAAAUAUCAAAUGCUGGCAUUUGUCCAUCGCAUGCCGUGCCGUGACGACGACAGCUCUACAGCAAAGGAUUUAAGCAAGCAACUUCAUUCAAGUGUGCGCACAGGAAAUCUCGAGACUUGUUUGAGGCUGCUGUCUCUGGGAGCACAAGCAAACUUUUUCCAUCCAGACAAAGGAAACACUCCUUUGCAUGUAGCUGCAAAGGCAGGCCAAGUAUCUCAGGCUGAACUGCUGACUGUAUAUGGGGCUGAUCCUGGAGCUCUAGACAGCAAUGGCAAAACUCCCAUUGACCAUGCAAGAGAGGUUGGUCACUAUGACCUGGCAGACAGGCUGGUGGAGAUUCAGUAUGAGCUCACUGAUCGACUGGCGUUUUAUUUAUGUGGCAGAAAACCAGAUCAUAAAAAUGGCGAGCACUUCAUCGUUCCCCAGAUGGCUGACAGAAAUGUAAGUCCAGAUUUAACAGAACUUGCAAAAGCCGCAAAGAGAAAACUGCAGUCACUCAGUAAUCAUUUAUUUGAGGAGUUGGCCAUGGACGUGUAUGAUGAAGUGGACAGACGAGAGACAGAUGCAGUGUGGUUGACAACACAGAACCACAGCACCUUGGUGUCGGAGACAACUCUGGUUCCUUUUCUUCCUGUAAAUCCAGAGUAUUCAUCAACAAGAAACCAGGGACGACAGAAGCUCGCAAGAUUUAAUGCACAUGAAUUUGCUACUCUAGUCAUUGAUAUUUUAAGUGACGCCAAACGCAGACAACAAGGGAAUUCUGUCGGCAGUGCGAAAGACAAUGUUGAACUCAUAUUAAAGGGCGUGGCUGUCAGACACAGCAGUGAUUAUGACAGUGUGGCUUCAGAUGAAGAUACAGAUCAAGAGCUCCCUUCAAGCAAAGGAGACAGAACCAAGAGCCUGGACUCUGACAUUUCUGAUGGCCCUGUAACUAUGCACGAAUACAUGGAGGUGAAAAAUGCGCUCAGUGCCUCCGAAGCUAAGAUCCAGCAGCUCUUGAAAGCCAACGACAAUCUGAACGACGAGCUGAGGCUGAUGCAGAAAAAGCUGCAAAUUCUGCAAAGCGAGAACACCUCUCUCAGGCGGCAGGUCACAACAAAUGUCUAUCAGACCCCCAGCGGUACAAACUACCCUGACCCGUCCAGCCCCUCAGCCCUGAAACGCCGGCAGUCUGCGCGGGCCAGUCGGCCCAUGUCAAUGUAUGAGACCGGCUCAGGCCUGAAGCCCUAUCUUUCCAAAGGGGAAACUCCUUACCCAGAGGAGGGUCUCCCCAGCCUGCAACCCUUUCCGCCUUAUACAGAAAGGGGUGCAUUUGUGACCUCUUCAUCCCUUCCCUCAUUUCCAUCCACCCUGUGUUGGUCCAAGGACGACACUUCUCAAACGACGUCAAAGCUGGAAAAGCAAAGCAGCGUGCCAGAAAGCGACUAUGACAACACAUUCAAUGACUCAGAGAUGGAUGAUUCUGGCUUUGGCAGGAGGGGGAGGCUGAGGAGCAGUGGGUGGCUUGGAGAGGGCAACUCCAUCCCUGAGCAGGAGGAUUUGCAGACGGAGUUGGACCCCAUGCUGCCAAGCACAGAGGACGUCAUCCGCAAAACGGAGCAGAUCACCAAGAACAUUCAGGAGCUCCUGCGAGCUGCUCAGGAUAAUAAACAUGACAGACCAUGUGAGCGUGAGGGAGUCCGACGACUCCGUCACAGCCUGGGAUGUUUCAGCACUCUGGUGCCAUGGGCUGAGAAGGCCUCCUCCCCCCUCCAGCCUCUCAGCCUGCGGUCCCCCGACCCCACCUCCUGCUUUGUCCCCUGCUCAGAAAGAAUCCAUGUGGCUGUAACAGAAAUGGCUGCCCUCUUCCCCAAGAAGCCACGCUCAGAGACGGUGAGAGGAUCUCUGCGCUUGCUGACCACCAGCGCCUGCCGCCUACAGAACGAGUGCCGGAAAGCCGUGCCUUUGGACGGCAGCUCAGGGCCGGACAUGCAGCUUGUCACCCAGCAGGUCAUCCAGUGUGCUUAUGACAUCGCCAAAGCCGCCAAGCAACUUGUUACCAUCACAACAAAGGAGAAUACUAACUAAACAGGCAUGCUCCAAAGCCACCAUCUUGGUAUUGUUCCUAUAUUUUCAGUGAUGGAAAACCCCCCAAAAACCCUUAUUUUUAAUGUAUUGUGGCAUAUGCAUGUGCUUUUUUUAUUAUUUAAAAACAAUACUGACUAUAUCUAAAAGCAAGAUUGUCAAAGGGACAGGAAAAAAUGCUGUGUUGUACAAUGUAUUUAGCUGUUGUUGUAGCACAAUUCCUCUUAAGGUAACAUUUUCUAAAAAGCACAUAUGUAUUGCUCUAUUAUAGAGUGAUUGUGAAACACCUUUACUCAGCUCAGAGUAGCUAAAAGAAAAACAAUGAAGCACAUUAGACUGCAUGCUGAAAUAGGUCAACGAUAGCUCUCCAAACCAUGUUUGUUUGCUAUAUUCAGGGUUCCUACACAUUGAGAAACUCUGAACAGUCUAAAAAUUACCUUAUUUCUUUGUCUUUUUUGACUGUAUAAAUGUAAAAGUCCAACAUAAAUUUACAACAGGGAAAGGUCUACAGUCAAAUCUUUCUCUUUAUUUGUCUCAGACACAGUAAAACUCUUUGCUGCUACAGCUAAUUAUCAUGGAAAGAAAGCAUUUUCUUACCUGAAAAACUUUAUGCUCACAAACAACACCCACUGCUGCUCUGGUGGUUUGCCUGUUGAAUGUGUUAAUCAUUUCUAUGUUUGCCAUUUCCUGAGCUUUGGGUUGUUUACCUUUUGGAAUCUAAAAUUCAUAUUGUCUCAUAAUCGUGGAUUCAGUUUUUGCUAUAAGUAGGCUACAUUUAAACCAACAAAGUCUGGAAAUAGAUAUAUUUCUUACAUUCUUAUGUUUUUCAUACUUAUCUGGAAAAUCCUAAAAUCAAAUACAGAUUUUUAAAGAUAGUGUAGGAACCCUGUAUAUAAUGCAGAUCAUCUCACCAUCACUUUCAAUAUAAAUAAUUGAGCAUUCAAUAAACUUUCAUCCAUUGUUCAGAUUGAAUGUUUAGACACUUCUUGGUGCUGCAAUAUAAAUGUUUGCUUCAAUAAAAGGUUAUUUACAUAUUUUGUAUAAAUGUAUCGCUGUCUGCAGUGAACUGCCUAUCUGUGCCCAUUUAGUCAGUGAAAGUGAGUUAGACCUGUUCAGGGGCCCAGCUGUUGUCUGCCACCAGCACAAAGAAGAUCUUUUAGUAUUUAAUGUUCCAACAAUUUGGUUUCUUUCCACUGACUCCAUGAUGUCUUGUAGGCGUUUCAUUCAGCUUUUGAUCACAUAUGUGUGUUUUGCUCUGUUCUGCUUCUGCUGGUUUUAUUUUCAAUGUACAACAUAUGGGCUAAAACUGUAGAUGUGUUCUGUAUUGCUGAGCAACCCAGUAUUUAUCUUCCCAAAGUGUUUCUGAGUUCAUUUUCAUAUUGAAAUCUCUUCCAAGUAAGUCCCUUCCUGUGCUUGACUGAAGUGCAGGGAUGUAUGAAAUGCAGCAUCUCAGCUGGAAAUGAAGUAAAAAAAUAUUUUUUA